ACCGUACUGCCCAAUCAUCUUAUAAAAUCCGAUACCCAACCAUUACAAGUUACAGCCAUCAACCAGUUUUUUUUUUUUUUUUUUUUAUAAAAACAACCAAAUAAAAAAUGAAAAGAAUCUCGACCUGGAACGCGCGAACGAUACUGGUGGUGGCGGCGGUGAUAUGGGCGGCGGCGGCGGCGAAGAGAGGAGGGGCGGAGCUGAGCGCGGCGGAGUGCAGGGAGGAGAGGAGGGUGGGGAUCAACGCGUGCAAGUCCGUACUGUACGGGAGGAUGCCGUCGCCUGCAUGCUGCGAGCGAGUGAGAGACAGCCACGUGGAGUGCGUCUGUCCAGUCAUCACUCCCAAGCUGGCGGCCCUCGUCGACAUCCCUCGAGCCAUCCGCCUCAUCGAAGGCUGCGGCCGCAAGGUCCCUCGCCACUUUACAUGCGGCAGUAUCACAACUCCGUGAGAGUCCCUAAAAAAGAAAAUAAUUAAAUAAAUUAGUAAGCUUUUGUUUGGUGCUAUUUGCUAUUUAAUCUCGUUUUGUGCCGUUUGCGAUGUCUAAAAGAGUUUAUGGGAAUAUAUGUUCCUGAAACCGGUCGAGAUUCUUCAUCUCCUCGGGGUGACGUUUCGUUC